AUGUAUAACUAUUAAAGUUUUCGCAAAGGAGGUUUAGUCACCUUUAAAUAAAAACAGUAUCAAGUUUUAGAGGUAUUUCCUUAAGGAAUAUAAGGAACUGUAAUUAAAAUAUAAGAGGAGAACAAGGAAGAUUAAUUUGCUUUAAAAAUUAUAAAUGAAAUUACAGAAAAGGAAUUGUAGAUAACACAAUAGCUUUAAAAAAAUCAUCAUUAAAACAUAGUCAAAAUUAUAGACUUUCAAAAACAAUAAAAUAAGGUUUACAUCUUAAUGGAAUGUUGUGAACACAAUUUAUAUUAAGAAUUAAAAAAAAAUCCAUUGGAUCAAAAAGAAUUGCGAUAUUUCAUGAUUAGUAUUGCUAGAGGUUUAAAAUAUUUACAUUCUCAUUCAAUAAUACAUAGAGAUCUAAAACCUGAGAAUAUACUUAUUACCACCUUGACAGAAAAAAAUAACAAAUAAUUAUAAUAAAGAGUAUAUAAAAUAGCAGAUUUUGGAUUAUCUUUGUAGUAGUAGCGUGCUUAGACUAAAUAUGUUGGAACAUGCUAUUAUAUGGCUCCAGAACUAAUAAUUAAUCUUGAUUAGCCUUACGAUCAUAAAGUAGAUAUAUGGUCUUUCGGAACUAUUGUGUAUGAAAUACUAACUGGAAAAACACUAUUUUAAGGUCGGUCAACGUAAGAAAUCUAUAAUCAGAUAAAAAGCUAAUGUAAUAUUGAGAAUUAAAAGGAAUUAAAUCAAAAACUGUAGAUCAUCAAAGAUAAGAAUUACUUGGAUUUAGUAACCAACAUGCUCAAAUAUGAUCCCAAUGAGAGAUUUAAUAUAGAUCAAGUGAUCAGUGAACUGUAGAAUAAAGAUUAAAAUAUAAUAAAAAAUAGAAGUGUAAGUUGCAAUGUUACAGUACCUAAGGAUCAAUAAUAAGUUUAGUUUACGCUUAAUAACCAAAUUAUUUGGAGGCCUGCACAAAAGUUAAAUUUUCCCAUAACCCUACCACAAACAAUUAACAAACCUAACAAUAUAUAAAUUGGACCUAUCUAUUUAUAACCCAAUAAUAAUGGUAAACAACCCAAUUAUUAUGUAAAAUGUUUUAAAUAAAAUAAAUGA